AUGUCUCUCCUUCAGCUGGAUCUGAGACGUCUCUCCUCGGUUGGAACGCUCAUGCCUGUUCCUCAGCUGGAUCUCGGACGUCUCUCUUCAAUAGAAACAAUGAUGUCUCUCCUCAACUGGACCUCGGACGUCUCUCCUCAACUAGAUCUGGUCGUUCUUACCUCUCUCGUGUUCGUCGUUUGUCUAGUGUUACAUCUUGUAAUUAUUCAGCUCUUGUCUCUACUUAGCACUUUCUCGCCCCAAAAGAACCUGGGUCGCAUGCAGCUGUUCCUCUUUUUCGUAACCUUUGACCUCUGUGGCUUCUUCCUUAAUUUUCGCUCUUCAUCCUGCAACAUCUACAGGAGCUUCAUCUUUCCUAAACUCCUCUCUGCGUCUCUUGCAUGGUCAUCAAGCCUAACCCUCAUCCAACGGAGAGCAAUAGAGCGACUGCAACGGCGUGCCACUAGAAUCAUCUUGGCCCCGAGUUACCCUACCUACAGCAAAGCCAUCGCGCCUCGUCAGCUCCUCACGAUCCCCAAUAUUCAUGAACAGCAUUUCGUUCGGCAACAAACUGCUGAACAACCCUCGCCACCGCCAUCCACUGCCUCCCUCGGCCCCCCUCCCCGUCGGCCCCUCCCCGUCGGUCCCUCCCCGUCGGCCUCCCUCCCCGUCGGUCCCUCCCCGUCGGCCUCCCUCCCCGUCGGUCCCUCCCCGUCGGCCCCUCCGCUCCUGCAACAAACUGGUUCCCUUCAGAACCCACAUGGAUCGUUGCAGGAACAGCUCGUCAAGCUAAUUAAUGAACGUUCAUCUAACAUUUGA